CGGCUUGCGCUGCUCCGCCCGCUUCCAAAGCCAAAGAAGAGAGCGCUCUCCUCAAACCCACCACCACCACCGAGACAGAGGAGGAGAGAGAGAGAGAGUGGCCACGAGGAGGUAAAGGAGGGGAAAUCAUGGAGGCGAUUUGCUGUGGAGAUUCGGGUCCGUGAUCUGGUCGGAUCCUGCUUUCCCGGGAAGAAGAGGCCGAGGCGGUGGCGGUGGCGGUGGUGGGUGCUGCCAUGGUGUGGUGUGAAUGAAUCAUGUCGUCCAGCGCGCCUAUAUCCUCCCCGUAGCCCUCCCUCCCAGCCCCGAGAUGCCGCAUUAGCCACCAACGCAGCACUUCCACCGUCUCCCUCAAAUCCUCUCCUCCUCUCCCCCACGGCGGCGACGGAGUGACCGGCGAGAUUUCCCUCCUCCUCCUCCUUCCACUCUGCCUGAGCGCCAGGAUUGGCUCUUCUUCCUGCCUGGACGCGCCAUGACGGUGGUGGACGCCGAGUCCCGGUUCCACGUCCUGGCGGUGGACGACAGCGUCAUCGACCGGAAGCUCAUCGAGAUGCUGCUCAAGACCUCCUCCUACCAAGUGACCACGGUGGACUCCGGGAGCAAGGCGCUGGAGGUGCUGGGAUUGAGAGACGAGGACUCCUCCUCCUCAUCCUCCUCAUCCUCAUCCCCUCCCUCCUCCUCCGCCCCCGACCACCAUCAGGAGGUGGGCGUGAAUUUGAUCAUCACUGACUACUGCAUGCCGGGCAUGACAGGAUACGAUCUGCUGAGGAGGGUCAAGGGGUCAUCCUCACUGAAGGACAUUCCGGUGGUGAUCAUGUCCUCUGAGAAUGUGCCUGCCAGGAUCAGCAGGUGCUUGGAGGAUGGCGCGGAGGAGUUCUUCCUCAAGCCCGUGAAGCUCGCCGACAUGAAGAAGCUCAAGUCUCACCUGGUCCGGCGGAAGCAGCCCCAGCUCCAGCCGCAGCCGCAGCCGCAGCAGAAGCCACAGACAGAGCAGCAGCAGCCACAGACACAAGAGAAGCCUCGGCAGCAGCAGAAAGCAGAGCAAGCACAAGCCGAGCCGGCGGCGGCGGAGGAAGUGCCAGCCGAGGUGACCGCCACCGGAAUCACGGGUGACUGCGGCGGCGGCAGCAGAAAGAGGAAGGCGGCGAUGAUGGAGCAGGACGGGACGAACGCGAGCCUCUCCAGCGGCGGCAGCAGCAGCCUGGCGGUGGAGACCUGAAGAACAAGACCCCCAACCAAGAAACCUCAUGUUUCUGUUGGCUCAUGCAACUUUUUGGGGUUUACUUGCUCAUAUGGAAGAAUCAUCAUCAUGUGCUCAUGGCUAGUGUCAGCUCUUGGGGGCGGGUUAAAUAUUUACUUAGUUCUAAGUGAAGAACUAGAAGAAAAAAACAUACUACUUUUACACUAGCUGAAUUUUGGUGCGCUCAGGAAGGAAUGAGCAGGGGAGGGGAAAGGAAGGUUGAAAGUGAAGAAGACCAAGUUGUAGAUAAUGCUGGCCGCCGCGGCGCGCGCGCCCUGGAUGAUGAUGAUGAUGAUUCUAAGACUAAUCUAUGGCUUAUUUAUUCUGACCACUAUUCUGUACUCCUCUGAGCAAGUAUAAUAAUGGACUUAUAACCCGCUUAAUUGAUAA